GGCUAAAAUGUGACGUUUUUGCUUGAAAAUAUUUUCGUUUUGCUUUUACACUUUCUUUGCCAAUUGUCAGAAGUUUUACUCUACUGCUGUCAGGCAUUACGUUAACUAUUCUGUGCACGCUAAAUAUUCACAACGACUAAGUAAACUAAAAAAAACGAAUAUUUUACGAAAAUGCAGCCUGUAAAAGUGAUAUUUUCGAGCGUUGCACGUCGUGCUUUUUCAACAUCACCCAAAACCCUUGCGGCGAAGCAGAUUACCGUACGUGAAGCUUUAAAUACCGCCCUGGAUGAAGAGAUGACACGCGACGACCGAGUAUUUCUAAUGGGUGAAGAGGUCGCUCAAUACGAUGGUGCCUAUAAGGUGUCACGAGGCCUUUGGAAGAAAUAUGGUGACCAUCGCGUAGUAGACACACCGAUUACAGAAAUGGGUUUUGCCGGUAUUGCUGUAGGGGCUGCUAUGGCGGGCUUGCGCCCAAUUUGCGAAUUCAUGACCUUUAACUUUUCCAUGCAAGCCAUUGAUCAUGUAAUAAACUCCGCAGCAAAGACAUUUUACAUGUCUGCCGGUAGAGUCAAUGUGCCGAUAGUUUUUCGUGGCCCUAACGGUGCUGCUGCUGGUGUGGCAGCUCAACAUUCCCAAUGUUUUGCUGCCUGGUAUGCCCACUGUCCCGGUUUAAAGGUUAUAUCACCUUACGACAGUGAGGAUGCGCGUGGCUUACUUAAAGCUGCCAUUCGAGAUCCUGAUCCAGUGGUUUGCUUAGAAAAUGAAAUGUUGUACGGUGUUGCAUACCCAGUGGAGGACAAGGUAUUGGACAAAGAUUUUGUAUUGCCUAUUGGUAAGGCUAAAAUCAUGAAGCCUGGCAAUCAUAUAACAUUGGUGGCGCACUCAAGAGCUGUUGAAACAGCAUUAGUAGCUGCCGCCGAACUGGCUAAAAAGGGUAUCGAAGCUGAGGUUAUCAACUUGCGAUCAAUUCGCCCAUUAGAUAUGGACACGAUUUGCCAGUCCGUCAAGAAGACACAUCACCUUGUAACAGUGGAACAAGGCUGGCCACAACAUGGUAUUGGCGCCGAAAUUUGCGCUCGCAUAAUGGAGGACGAAACUUUCUUCCACUUAGAUGCCCCCGUGUGGCGUGUAUGCGGCGUUGAUGUGCCCAUGCCUUAUGCAAAGACCCUGGAAGCAAAUGCUUUGCCACAAGCGCAAAACGUCGUGGAAGCUGUCACCAAAAUUAUUGGACCCAAAAAGCCACAACCCGUGCUAAAGAAGAAGGCAUAAAACCAAAUGCAACUACGUACAUACAACUUAUGCAUACUCAAAAUCGUGGAAUUACCCAUCUUUAAGAUACUGACUUGCAUGUAUUCCAAUAAAUUUAUGUAAAUUUAUAUUGUAUCAAAAAAUAAUUUUGAAUUUAUUUGGAUAAAUUCUUUCACAUAUUAAAUAUAUUUAGCACAUGCAAUUGAUUGUUUUCCAAAGAAAGCGGUUGCACCGUAAUUUACAAAAAAUCGCUUAAAUAAGGAAGAGUAGUAUAUACAUAUAUAUGUAUGCACACGCACACUUAUCAAGUUUGCCGAUUUUAACCAAAUAAGAUAUUUUCAUAUAUUCCCUCCUAAGCCGCUUUUUAUGAACAAAUAACGAGACAAAUAUUUGCAAUUUAGCAAAACUUAGAAAAAAUAAAAACAACAUUUUUGUAUUAUAUGCUUUUAUUCAGUAAUUAAACUUUUUGCAGUCGUAAAAAUCAAAUUGAAUGACUCAUGUACUAGACUGGACCCUUUGGAUCCAUAUACUAUGUAGACAAGAACAUUAAAAGUAGUUUAAGUAGAAACGAACAUUUCUGCACAGUUUUUGCUGCUUAAUUGAUGUUAGAAAAUAUUUCUUUCUUUUUAAUAAUCGCUGUUCAACUAAUUUAUUACAAUUAUAAUAUAAUUUUAAAAUACGAAAAGAUUGGGGGCAAUGAAAAACUAGUACAAAUGCAAUAUAGGGCAAACAAAGUUGACACAAACUAGUUGAUUAGAUUAAAUUUAACUUAUAAAUAGCAAAAAAAAAAAAAAACGCAUGCUUAAAUGCUAGGUAUAAGUUUGUAUUUAUGUAGAGUGGAUUCUUUGCAUAUUGUCUUAUAAUUGCAAAAAACUGUAACUAAAGAUAUAAAUAAAUUAAAUGAUCAUCGAACUGCCGUUGAAACGGACGCAUAA